CUGGAUAAUGCAGACGAGCAAGCAGCUCAGAUCCGUCGCGAACUUGAUGGUCGUCUACAAGUAGCUGAUCAAAUGGCAAAGGAGAAAUUAUUUCCAAAGUUUUUAACAAAGGAAAUGGAGGGAAUGUUUAUAGAAGAGCUGCGUGCAUCAGUCAAUUUACUAAUGGCCAACCUAGAAAGCCUUCCAGUGUCUAAAGGUGGUCCUGAGUUUAAGCUGCAAAAGUUAAAACGCUCGCAGAAUUCGGCUUUUCUAGACAUUGGAGAUGAAAGUGAAGUUCAGCUAUCAAAAUCGGACGUUGUCCUGUCCUUUACAUUAGAGAUUGUUAUCUUGGAAGUUCAGGGCUUGAAGUCAGUGGCACCAAACAGAAUUGUUUACUGUACAAUGGAAGUAGAGGGUGGUGAAAAACUCCAGACAGAUCAAGCUGAAGCCUCAAGACCUCA